UUAAUUAUUUAUCUUAUCCUUUCUGAUUUUUAUUAAUAAUCUUGUCUGCAUUUUUAGGUAAAUUUACUUUUCACCUCUGGCAUUAAAUACAAACACAAUAUGGACCAGGUUGCAGAACGAAAAUUCAGAGUCUUGAAGCGUCUUGAUAAGGAAAUGGAGAGUCUGAAGGCAUUGCAAGAUUUAGGGAAUCGAUCAAGUACAACAGCUGGAGGCAUGGUGACCAUUCUUGACUCAUUUGAACAUCGCCUUGCCAAACUUGAGACCACAAUCCUUCCUGUUUAUCAACAGACUGGCAAUCUUCAGCGGAGACAUCACAACAUUGAGAAGACCCUGUCAGCCUUGGAUCAUGUGCUGUCUUUUUAUAAUGCUGCUGGUGAAACUGAAGCCAUAAUCCGCAGUGGUCGUCCCAGCGAGAGUCGAGGAGGAGUUGCCAGCUAUCUGCGUGCAAUGGAUCAGCUGGCUGCGGCCUGCCAUUAUUUCAGAUCACACAACCCACAGAGUGUUGAGCUCAGCAAUGUUUGCACGCUGUUUGAUGCCGGCAGUGAGGCUCUCGGUCGCGAGUUUCGGGACGAGCUGAAGAAAUAUCAGCGGCCACUCAACCCAAUUGUGACUCUUGACCUCAUAGCCCUCGAGGGAGACGAGCUCAGCGAAGAAGCCCUGUCCAGCAUAGAGCUUAUACCUGCUGCAGCACGAGACGAUCUGGCUCUCAUUGCGGCCUGGCUGGACAAGCAUUCCCACUCCGACAAGCUCACUGUUUAUGCCAAAAUCAGAUCCCAGACUAUGAUGCAGUCUCUUCAGGCACUUCGAGACCAUCAACGAAACAACAGCGCCGAGCGCGGGGGCAUCCGCGGCCUGGCUAGCGGCAUGCCUGCUGGUCUGACGAGCCUGACGCCAUCCAGCAUGGUGGGCAACUCACCGGCCCCCACGCUGCGCUCUCGUCUUGCAUCAAAUAAAGUUGAUUUUACCCCCAAGAGUCGCUCACACAAACUCACUAACAUGCUUGAGCGCCGCACAAUGCAGAUGCUGCAACGCGCCAAGGGCCGCUCAGCAGGCCUGCUGUCAACAAGUGGCACUCCUACCUCGCCUUUCUCUCCAUACUCGCCAGCGUCGCCUUUCUCUGCUGGUGGGUCAGCUUCUCCUAGCUUGGCAGCGACUGCAGAAGAAACUCUCGAGGACAGCGAUGUUCUGCUCUACUUUGCACAAGUAAGUGCGGUGGUGAGGCUGGGAGCUCUUGAACAGCGGCAGCUCGAGGCGCUCGUGCCACCCCAGCGUCACGUGAGCACCUUAGAGACGCUCCUGCGUGAGCCCAUCGAUCAACUGGCAGCACAGGGCGAGCAUGUAAGCAGUUGCGGUCUGAAGUCAAUGCAGCGAGGCGACAGCAGUGCGGUGAUGUGUCUGCUGACGUUGCUGCGUCACCUGAACGCUUGCUUGCCAGAGUACGAGCGUCUGCUGCAGAACUGCCACGCUUCUCUCCUCGCCAAAUACACCGCCAUCGCCACCAGCAUGCGCCUUAAUGUCAGCUUCAAGUGGUGCCCCAUGACUCACUCAGCAGCUGCAGGUGGGGGUAAUACGCUGUUCUUCGUGCAGCAGCUGCAGGUGGGGGAAUACACGAGCGCCCUGGGCUGUAUCCUGCUGGAAGACGCGUCGCUGCGCGCGACAGCGAGCGUGCAGGUGCCAGGGCCUGGUGAGCAGCUCUCCUUUGAGCAAUGCUCGGCUCUCCUCGCUGCCUACAUCAAACGAGUGCUGAGCAACCUCGGUCUCUCCAUCGUUCAGCGCAGUGAGGCUUACAGCGAUGUCACUCUACGCGCCGUCUUCCGUCUCAAUAAUUACAAUUACCUGCUGAGCACCCUGAUGAGUACGGGCCUUAUGGCGACCCUCGAGCUCGUCGAGAGCCACGCCAAACAACAUUACCGCGACCAAAUCCUUCAGCAGAAGAAGCUCUACUCCCAGAGUUGGAGUGCAGUUUUGCACCACCUGUGUCCAGCUGAAGAGCUGCCUGCCGCCCAACUCACUGCUGGAAAAAUUAGAGACCGAGAUCGCCAGAUACUCAAGGACAGAUUCUCGGGCUUCAACAAAGAGAUUGAGGAAAUGCAGCGUGUGCAGAGAAGUUACAGCAUUCCUGACCGUCAAUUGCGCGAGAGCCUCAAGCGCGACAACAAAGAGUACAUUCUACCUAAAUACCAAACUUUCUACGACAGGUACAGCGGCGUGCCCUUCAGCCGCAACACCGAGAAGUACGUGAAAUACACGCCAGCAGAAGUGGCUAAUCUCAUGGACAAGUUUUUCGACGUGGCUGCCUAAUUUUGAAACCGCAGAGCACGGCUCAAUGCGACAAUUAACCUAUGUGCAAGUCUGGAGGUGUCAUUAUUUCAUCUGCGGGAGCGAGAAACAAUUACGACAGCGAGAAUAUCUCGAUAUUUUACAAAUAGCAUUGGCAUUACCUCAGUUACAGUAUCGUUAAUUUUCUUUCAACUAUUGAAUAUUUACAAAAGACUGUUUUAAUUGAAUUAAUUCAUUUGGUUGUCAGUUGUCGAAUGUUUAAAAUUUUACCUCGUACAUUUAUCAUGGAGAUUAGUAAAAAUUCGCUCACAGUUAUUAUUUACUCAAAGUGACCUUAUCUAACUUAUUUAUUUAUGCUUUAUAUUACAACAAAUCAAAUAAAAUAUCACAAAAUUAUUU